AUGGGGGGUGCUCCCGAUCUUCCCCAGCGGUCCUCGUCCCCGCUCAAACGACCUGCCUCCAGCAUGGAGCCCGAAACGGACAGUACAAACCUGAAAGAGGAUGUGGUUAUGGGAACUGAGAAUGAAUCUGCUGCAAAGGCCAAAGAGGGCAAGGAUGAAGUGAUGGAUGGGGCUCCAUCAAGCCCAAAGCAGUCCACCACAGAGUCAAAUGGGCUUCCUCUACGGAACGAUAUUCCUCCGCUCGAUCAGCAAAUCAAAACCAUCGAGACUCUCGUCAAGGCGUUUGCUGAGACUCCCAUCCAGGAGGGUGACGAGGCGUACCUAGUGUCAAGGAAAUGGCUUCAACGGGCCCAGGCCUUUGGGCUGGAUAGCAAACAUGUCAGCAAAGAGGUGCCAGAAGGGUCCCUCGGUCCAGUGGACAAUUCGGACAUUAUUGAGACCAAGUUCACAGACUCCAAUGGAGUAGAGUGUGUCAAACUGAAGCCAGGCUUGGGAACGGAGAGUUUCGAGCUGUUCCCCAAAGAUGCCUGGGAUCUCUUGCUCUUCUGGUACGGGCUGGCUACUGGACAAGCUCCGAUUAUCCGGCUUGCACACAACACGGCCCCCGAUGCGGUUUCGGAUCCCGUUAUUCAGUUCGAGUUCCACCCUCCUGUGUUUACUAUACACAGAUUGUGGUCGGCCACGAGCCCGAUUCCUAUAGAGCAGGAAAUCAAGCUCAAGAAGCCACCCCCUCCCAUUGUGGUUCAGAGUACGUCCUUCAGCUAUCACAAGUUCCUUAGACGAGUCAAGGAGCUUGCCAGUGUGGCACCGGACCGCAAGGUGCGCGUAUGGCGAGUUCUGCAGACCAUCCCCGCCACGGAAACCCCAGCCUCGGAGCCCUCAGAAUCCUCUGGGAUGAUGAAGACUCCUCCGGACUCUCCAGUUCAAGAGGUUGGCGUUCCCGAUGGAUUUCCUGCCGUCCCCGGGGCUUGGCCUGAGAUGCUUGUUGAUGUGGUAACUUUUGGGCAGUUGGAGAAGGGUGUCCAACGCGCCCUUGUUGAGGCACAGGACACAACUGUCCAUGCCAACUACAACGGCAAGAGGAGCCUGUCGCUGGUAGGCCUCAAUGUCGAUCAAACCCUUGUUCUGGACGAAGAAGUGGAGCGUCAGGACUGGGUGUCUACAUAUAGCGGUUCCAACGGCAAGAAUUUGACAACUAGGAAUAGCUCAACCGCUGUCGUUCAGGCCCGGGCCAAUGUCAGCGGACGUAGCAGCCCCGCGCUUUCGGCACCUCUCACCAGAGGCCGCGCCCAGCAAAAGUCGGGGCGGACCCACGGCUGUGUAGGACUCCAGAACUUGGGCAACACGUGCUACAUGAACUCUGCUCUUCAGUGUCUGCGUGCCGUCGAGGAACUCACAAAGUAUUUCCUCACUCAUGAAGCGAAAAAGGAGAUCAACACCGACAAUCCUCUCGCCCAUGGUGGAGAUGUUGCCCUCUCCUACGGACGGCUGCUUGAAGAAAUCUACAAGGAUCCCACACCAAACUCGGUUGCACCACGCCAAUUCAAGAGCGUUAUCGGUCGGUAUGCUCCUGCCUUCUCGGGAUAUGGCCAGCAGGAUUCGCAAGAGUUCCUUGGCUGGCUUCUCGACGGUCUCCAAGAGGAUCUCAAUCGCAUCCUCAGGAAGCCGUACAUUGAGAAGCCCGACUCUACCGACGAGAUGAUCAACAACCCUGCAGCGAUUCGGGAGAUGGCCCUCCAGGUUUGGGACAUUACGAAGCGGAGAGAUGACUCGGUCAUCUCUGAUCUGUUCACCGGCUUGUACAAGUCUACUCUUGUGUGCCCCGAAUGCAACAAGAUCAGCAUCACGUUCGACCCUUUCACCAACCUGACCCUUCCCCUCCCCAUGGCAAACUCGUGGUCCAGAGAGAUUAGGUUCUAUCCGCUGAAUGAUGCACCCGUCAACAUUGUCGUUGAUAUCGACAAGAACAGCAGCAUCAAGGGAUUGAAGCAGUUCAUUUCGCAGCGUGUCGGGGUACCUGUCGACCGUCUCAUGGCUUCCGAGGAAUUCUCGGGCAAAUUUUUCAAGCACUAUGAUGACAUGGCGACUGUCUCUGACGACAUCUCUAGCAACGAUAUCGUCGUUGUUCAUGAGCUCGAGGCUCCCCCCUCAAACCUGGCCUUGACCAAAGACCCAAAGAAGCAAAAGAUCAAGUCUCUUUUGGCUGACAAUGAUGAGGAAGACUUGGAGGAUCCUAUGGUACAAAGCAUGGUUGUUCCUGUCUUGCACAUGUGUUCACAGGGCAAAGCCAAGCGCAAGAAGAGCGUUCUGGUGCCGCCGCACUUUAUCGUGCUGAACCCAGAGGAGGCAUGCAGCGAAGACAUCAUCCGGCGGAAAAUCUUGGAGAAGGUGGCGACGUUUACCACACAUCCUGAACUUGCUGCGGUGGAGGAAACCGACGCAGGCGAUAAUAUUGAUCCGGAGAUGGCCAAUGUGGCCUCGGAUGUUGAUUCUUCAGGCGACUCCAAGAUAGUAGCGAAGUCGGUUGAGGGUGAAGAAGACAUUGUCGACGUCAGCAUGGCUGAUGCAAACGAUGCGCCCAAGCCAGCAGCGUCCAGCGGGGUUGAACAAUCCUCACAGGCGCUGAAGGCAUUCAAGUCACAGCGGCCCAAGUGGAUAGACCCCGAAGAGUUCCUCGCGCCACAGUUCCAGAACCUGUUUGAUCUCAGCUUCUUCCCGGAAGGCACUAUGACCAUACCUACUGGGUGGCAGUCUGUGACCGAGGGGAAUGCGUACCCGAGACUCAGCACCAGGCAGCCAAAGCCGAUAAUGUCGGAUGUCGAGAUGCAGAGCCCCGGAGCUUGGGCCAACUCUGAUGCUAGCGGCAGCGACGAAGUGAACGAGGUCACUCGCAUGGCAGAGGAAUCCAGCGAUGAUGACUCGGAUUUCCCUCAUCAAGUCAAGUCACGAGCGAUUGAACCGCCAUCCCACCAAGUGAACGCGCGCGGUGGUAAGAAGAAGAUGAAGGCUCGCCAACAGCAGAUGUAUGGCAAGAAGGCCAAGAAGCGGUUCGAAAAGCAACAGAAGGGCCGCAUGCAGAAGCAACACGCAAGCCGGCGUGAUACCGGUCCCAUUGAAGGUCCCCUGGUCCGUCUAGGUGAAGGUAUCAUCGUGGACUGGAACGAGGAGGCCUGGGAGGCUCUCUUUGACGGCCAGCCAGGAGAGUCAAUGCGCGGCUGCAAGACCUUUGAGAAUGUAGACACUCUGGUGGACCCUGCCCUUGAAGCCAAGAAGAAGCAAAGAGCUCUGCGUGCGAAGCAUGGCAUUACACUUGAGGAUUGCCUGAACGAGUUUGAGAAGGAGGAAAUCCUGUCAGAGCAGGAUACGUGGUACUGCCCACGCUGCAAAGAGCAUCGACGGGCUAGCAAGAAGUUCGAUCUCUGGAAGACACCAGACAUUCUAGUCGUCCACCUCAAGCGGUUCAGUUCUGUUGGAUACCGCAGGGAAAAGCUCGACAUUCUGGUUGACUUUCCAGUGGAAGGACUCGAUCUGACUUCUCGGGUCAUCGACAAGGAAGACGGGAAACAAGAGAUUUACGACCUCAUUGCCGUUGAUGACCACUGGGGUGGUUUGGGUGGUGGUCAUUAUACUGCCAAAGCCAAGAACUUCAAUGAUGGCUCCUGGUAUGAGUAUAACGACACGGGUGUGAGUAAGUGCAGCGAUCCUCAAAAGGUUGUCAGUGCUGCUGCGUACCUUCUCUUCUACAGAAGACGCUCUGAAACACCGCUGGGCGGACCCAAGUUUCAGGAGAUCUUCGACAAAUAUGACAGCCAGAUUGCCUCCGCCGAUCAAGACAUGUCCGACUCGGGGGAAGGGCAGCGUCUCGGCCUAAGCUCCUCCCUUCGUGGAUCGCCGAGCGCUUCGACCGGAGCAGGUCUAACUCUCCCUCGAGGAAAACGUGGUUUGGUUAGCGACGACUCUGACCGCGCGGGACAGGCCCUUGUCCCUGCUGACCCUGAACUGCCAUCCUAUCAGGCAAGCGUGGGGAAUGGUGACGAGGAUACCGAGAUGGGCGCUGCGCUGUGGGAUCAAUCCACGUUGCACAACAGCAUUGAGGGUGAUGAGGAUGAGGGCAUCGGCCUUCCCGACUACGACAAUGGCGGUAUGGCCGGCAUGACUUCGGUUAUUGGCUCGAACUGGAAUUUCCAGAACAUCAAGCCUGGCUCGGUGGCGUCUGACGGGGACAUUGCUAGCGAUAUUGCGCAGAACGACAACUCGUCCAACGACGACGGCUUUGCGGCCGGGGACGAGAUGGAUGAAGUCUUCAUGAGUGGUCCAUCACUGGAAUUUAUUGAGCAUGAGCCGACAUUCCCCGAAGAAGAGAUCCCAGCGCCUCCCGCCGAAGCACAGAACCUGUUUGAUCAGAUAGCCGAGGACAAAUGGGCACAGCAGCAGAUUCACACCGUACCUGCCGAUAUUGCCGAUGAUCAUGCCAGCGACAAGGUUGCUGAGAUACGGGUUGGUGACGGAGGCGAGGACCAACAGGCUCAGGUGCAAAAACCGAGUGCUUAG